AUGAGGGAACUCUUUCAGAUCACCUCGAAAAACCGAAGACCCCUCAUAAUCCUCGUAGCCACCCUUGCCGUUAUAAAUCUUGUCUACUACUUGUGUUUCCUGUCGGUAGCUCUUGUGAAUGGCCCUGCAUUAUAUUCUGGAGUUGGCGUCUGGAAGUUUGCAACCGAUAAUGCCAGAUACUACGUGGUUGACGAGGCAUUUGUGGCCACCAGUAACGAGUUGAGGCGAAUUGCAAAGUUCUCCGAGGACGUGCCCAUUUCGAAAGAAGAGUUGACGCUGGCGCUUACGCUGAAGUUGGAGAAGGACGGUGGAGAGUUUCUAAAGCAGAUCUACCAGGAGGUUUCGGACAAAUAUAGCGAUGAAUACAAGACUAUCUUGAUGGCGGACUUGAAAAAGCAGAUGACGAAAGAUUACACAUAUUUGUUCUACCAGACGCUACAAAAGAGUUACACGCUUUUGGCUGAGCUCAAGGCUAGGUAUUUGGAGUCGCACGAGGAGGAGCUAAAAAAGGUCCUUGUGGGUGAGUUCUUGAAAAACGGAGAAGAUACAAAGAACGCCAUUGAGGAGGGAAAGAAGCUUGGUUUCGAUAGAGAGGCCUAUUUCAGGUAUCUUUUCGGCGAUGUGCUAGUCAAGUACGGGCCGAAGUUGGCCAUGCUCCAGGAUUCGGAGAUUGGGGAGCCCAUAAACGGGAACUCUUUUAGGGAGGUGAUUGGGUCGUUUUACACAAAGAAGUGGCUCACAAAAAAUAGAGUGAAGCUCAAUGACUUGCAGAUGGAAGAAAUCCAGACAAACCACGACCAUGUGGUGAGAGAGCUUCGGUCGGUGCCGCAGCCACCUGCUGAGCUAUAUAAUGGUGACGGAAUCGCCAUCAGCGCCAAUGGCAUACAUCUUCCAGGAGCGUUGAUGCUUGCGGGCCAGCUUCGGCAGGUGGGAUCCCAGUUGCCCAUUGAGAUCAUUCUAGAUACAGAGAAUGACUACCACAAGCAGGCGUGUGAGGAAGUGGCCCCAAAACUCGAUGCUAAAUGUGUGGUCACGGAACGGGUGUUGGGGAAGUCGACAUUUGACCUUUUGGGCAAAGACCCUUCCAAUUGA